AUGGAGAAGCUUGAGCAGUAACAAUAUGUUAAGUUGGAAAUCCUGAACAAAUACGCAACUGAUUUGACUAAAAUGGCACAGGAGGAUAAGUUGGAUCCUCUAGUAGGAAGGCUGAAACAUGAGGUGACAAUACUUCUCCAGAUAUUUUCUAUUGAUAUGGGGCGUCUUAUUGCUGGAGCAUCUAAUCGUGGGGUAUUUGAGGAAAGAUUAACAAUGCUUAUUGAUGAAGUAAAACAAAGUGAAGGUGCCAUCAUUCUCUUUAUUGAUGAAGUCCAUACACUAAUCGGAGCUGGUGCUGGAGGCCAAGGCCUUGACGCUGCAAACAUCUUGAAGCCAGCUCUUGCGAGAGGGGAGCUAAAAUGUAUUGGUGCCACAACCCUAGAUGAAUACAGAAAAUACAUAGAGAAAGAUGCAGCUCUGAAAAGGCGAUUCCAGCCAGUGGAAGUGCCUGAACCAUCUGUAACUGAAACAAUACAUAUAUUAAAAGGUUUAAGCAAAAAACAUGAAGCUUACCACAAUGUCAUCUACGAAGAAAAUGCUUUGAUUGCUACGGCACAGUUUUCCCAUCAAUAUAUCAGUGAAAGAUUUCUGCCUGAUAAGGCAAUAGACCUUAUUGAUGAGGCUGGAGCUAGAGUUCAGCUUUGUCAAGCGCAUAAACCACAAAGAUCUCAGAUUUUGACAGAAUAUAGUAUACAAGAAAUUGUUGCUUCGUGGACAGGAAUUCCUGUCGAGAAACUUUCUUCCGAAGAGAUUCUUAAGCUAUUGAAUAUGGAGAGUACUUUGCAAAAGCGAAUUAUAGGACAGCAUGAAGCUGUUGAAGGAAUCAGUCGUGCCAUACGCCGUGCUAGAAUUGGUGUGAGAGACCCUUCACUCCCCAUAGCAACCUUCUUGUUCACCGGUCCUACAGGGGUGGGAAAAACAGAAAUGGCUAAAGCUUUGGCAGAUGAAUAUUAUCGCUUCAAAGAAGCAAUGAUCAGGGUGGAUAUGAGUGAAUACAUGGAGAUGCAUACGGUUUCAAAGUUUUUCGGUUCUCCACCUGGAUACGUUGGCUAUGAUGAUGGUGGUCAGCUGACUGAAGCUGUUCGUCGCAGGCCUCAUACUGUGAUUCUUAGGAACGUCUUUGACACCAUGCUGCAAAUCCUGGAUGAUGGUAGGCUGACAGAUAAUAAGGGGCAUUUAAUUGCCUUCAAAAAUACCAUCAUAAUAAUGACAGCCAAUGUUGGUGGUACUGUGAUUGGAGAAGUAAACAAUCAAUCGGAGCAAAUCAAGCAGAAAGUGGCUGAAGAACUGAAGAAAAUUUUCCGGGCUGAGUUCUUGAAUAGGAUAGAUGAAGUUAUAUUGUUUCAUAUGCUAAACAACCGACAGCUGAAGGAAAUAGUUGAUGUGAUGCUUAAGGAAGUUAGUGAUAGGGUGAUGAAAUUAAAGAAAAUCGAAAUCCAAGUGACAGAGAGAUUCAAGGAGAGGCUGGUGAUAGAAGGACAAAACCCAAGCUAUGGAGCAAGGCCAUUGAGGAGGGCUAUCGUGAGGCUUUUGGAGGAUACCUUGGCUGACAGGAUCUUGAACGGAUAUGAUAAAGAGGGUGGCUCAGUCAUGGUGGAUAUCGACUCUGAGGGCAGUGUAGCAAUGUGUCAGUAAUUUCAUUUUG